AGAGUAUAUUAGUCCAAAUUAUGGAUAACUAAUGGGCUAAGAACUUGGGCCGCUCACCCUCAAAAUAACAAUACUCAUGGUCUCAACGGUCAAAAUUAACUCCAUUUAGGGAAAAAAAAGAAGGUGAAACACCCCCCCCCCCCAAAGUUCUGCUAAAUUUUUGGGUUCAAAAAAUUAGGGUUUUUGGUUGAAAAAGGGGGGCAAUCAUGAAUCCAUUAACGUUAGUCAAGCGAUUGCAAAACAUUAAUGCGAAAGAAGCAGACUUAGGCAUAUCGGAGGAAGCAUCAUGGCACGCCAAGUACAAAGAUUCCGCUUACAUCUUUGUCGGUGGCCUUCCGUAUGACCUCACCGAAGGUGAUCUCCUCGCUGUUUUUGCCCAAUAUGGAGAAAUUGUAGACGUUAAUCUUGUUAGAGAUAAGGGUACUGGGAAAUCAAAAGGCUUCGCUUUUCUUGCUUAUGAGGACCAGAGAAGUACAAUUCUUGCUGUAGAUAAUCUUAACGGAGCACAGAUUUUGGGUCGAAUUAUAAGGGUUGAUCAUGCCGAAAAGUAUAAGAAGAAAGAAGAAGAAGAAGAUGAAGAGGAAGAGCAGAAAAAAAAGGAGGCCCGGGGGGUUUGUUAUGUUUUCCAGAGAGGUGAAUGUACUCGCGGCGCUGGAUGUAAAUUUUCCCACAAUGAGCAAAGAGCUGCCAAUACUGGUUGGGGUCCUCAGGAUAAUAAAAGUUCAAGAUGGGGAAAUGACAAAUACGAGGGUUCAAAAAAGAGCGACAAAAGUUCCGGCAUGCAGGAGCAUACAGUUCAAGAAGGUUUUCGAUCAUCAAGGGGUGAUGAGAAGGCCUUAGAGAAAAGAGAUGGGAGAGAAGGAAAGAGGUCUAGAAGGUACGAUGGUAAAGAUGCUGGACCAGCAUCUAGAGAAGAUUAUAGUGGUAUUGAAGGAAAGAGAUUAACAAGGCAUAAUGAUGAUGAUCGGUAUAAAAGGGAAGAAAAAAGAUCUAGAAGGCACAAUGAUCGCGAUCUUGAGCCAAGGUCAGUAGAAGAUCGUCAUAGGAGAGAUGAAAAUAGAUCAAGAAGGCAUGGUGACGAUGGAGAAGACAGGGCUAGGCUCAAAGAAGAUAGGAAGGACGAAAGUAGAUCAAAAAGGCAUGGUAAUGAUGAGUUUGAUCCAAGGCCUAACGGAGACCAUGACAGGAGAGGAGAAAAACGAAUCUUAAGGAAUGAAUCAGAAUCUCAUCCAAGAGAAGAGCGUGAUAAGAGAGGUGGGGAGAAACGGACAGGCUAUAACAGGGAUUCAUCCUCCCAUCGACAUGGGGAGAGAAAUAAAAACUAUUAGAAAAGCCAAGCUUUGCUUAAUUUGCCUGGAUGUACCCUAAGCUUUGUUUCAAAUAUCUGUAUUUAAAUAGUUCAUGGGCGAUAAACAAUUGUUGUUAAUUUGAGGUAAUUUCUUGUUUAACCGAUGAUUAAAUUUGACGAA